UUCCAGGUCCCGGACUCUGGUGUCCAGAGCUGUUGAUCGGGAAAGUGGGACUUAGAGAGGGAGUGGGCGCUCUCAAAACCCGGGAGGAACCUGCUCGCUUUCCUUGCAUCCGCUGUGAAAGGCCGGUUCCCAGCCAUCGGCAUUUUCCUUGAGCCUCCACUUUUUUCAGCAAGGGGGUGAUCGAGGCGACAUUUAGGACUGGAGCGUAAGAAGGAGUGACUUCUUGGUCCCCAGUUACAGGUGAGGACCUGCAAGCUAGGGGCGUGGCCAAGGUGACGCCGCCUGUGGCUGAGGUGGCGCGGGGAUUUGGACUCGAGUUCAGCGGAGUCCAGCCUUGAGGUUCACGAGGCCCUGUAGAACCGAGAUGACCCACUCUUUGGUUUGUCCGGAGACAGUGAGCAGGGUGAGUUCGGUGCUGAAUCGCAACAGCCGGCAGUUUGGAAAGAAGUACCUGUUCGACCAGGAUGAGGAGACGUGCUGGAACUCGGACCAGGGCCCCUUCCAGUGGGUGACACUGGAAUUUCCCCAGCGCAUCUGUGUCUCCCAGCUGCAGAUCCAGUUCCAAGGGGGCUUCUCCAGUCGUCGGGGCCGCCUGGAAGGAUCACAGGGGAGUGAGGCCCUCCAUAAUAUUGUGGACUUCUACCCUGAGGACAACAACUCCCUUCAGUCCUUCCCUGUGCCAGCUGCUGAGGUGGACCGGUUGAAGGUGACAUUUGAGGACACCACUGACUUUUUUGGCCGAGUGGUCAUCUACCACCUGAGAGUGCUGGGAGAGAAGAAGGUUUGAGACCUCUGGAGAAGACUGCCUCUCCAGGAAGCCCUCAGGGAAUCACACCAAAGUCCUUUGAUUUCUGCACAGAAGGUUUAUUGGUUCCUCUUGGGAAGGGUGCCCUCCCACUGCCUGUCCAGGAGCUGCCUUUGAAGCCAGUUCUGGGUUCUCCCAGCUCUGGGUCAACCAUUUGGUUCCCUGAGUGUCUGCAUCCCCGGCAGGCAGCCUUCACUCGGGGUCGGUGGGCCCCAGGUUGCUGUGGAACAGUUUGAGGAUGUGGUUCUCGAUUACCUGUUGCACUGGAGAUGGGGUGGGGGAAAAGGUGGCUGCUGGAAAAAGCUGGAAAGGAAGCCGCAGAGGCACCAUCCCAACCUGCACCUCCCCCUGGGGGAUGAACCAGGGCUUUCCAGGCCGGGGCCUGACUGGAAGACCCACUGUAUGAACAAUAGGGUCCAAUCCCCUCCAGAGCAAGGCCUCAUCCCAGAAACCUCAAAUUCCAUUAGAUUGAAAAAAUUCCCGUCCUUCCUUCCUUCCUCCCUUCUCUUCAGUGUUGUGGGUGAAACUCAGGGCCUCAAAUGAUAAGCAAGUGCUCAACACUGAGCCUCACUCCCAGCUCUAGAAAUGUAUCCUCCCUGCUUUCAAACCCGGGGGUGCUCUGAGCUGUACCCCCUGCCCUUUUUAUUUUUGAGACAGGGUCUCACUAAGUUGCCCAGGCUAGCCUCAAACUUGUGAUCCUCCCAAAUUGCUGGGAUUACAGGCAUUACCACUGCACCCAGCCUUGUAAUGCAUUUCUUGAGCCUUUUGGAGUUAUAAAAUAUGUCUUUACCAAACAAAAUAGGUGAGUUGUGAUUUUUAUGAAAAGUAGUACAGGGUCUGUGAGGAAUGAUAUCUGUCCCAAAUAGAAUAAAACUGUCCAGAGGGAGGUGGGAUCUUUCCUGAGCCCUUAAUUCCUCCGCCAACCAGGAGAUGGUUAAGAUCUCUCCCUCCC